AUGGUGCUUACUCGCUUCAUAACCUUGGCACUUGUGCUCGCAGGAACCGGCACCGCUCAAAUAGAUCUUGGCACCGCCUUGUCGUUUGGAGCGCUUGCAGGCUCAGCCGUAACAAAUACCGGCACUUCGAUUGUCAACGGCAACGUCGGAGUUUCUCCCGGAACAUCCAUCUCGGGUUUUCCUCCUGGCGUGGUGACGAAUGGGGCGGUCCAUGCGGCAGAUGCAACGGCAGUGGAAGCUCAAAAUGAUGCACUGGCUGCUUACAACGCUGCUGUCUCUCAGGACUUGGGCGUUGACCUGACGGGCGAGGACUUGGGCGGAAAGACUCUCACAACUGGUGUCUACAGCUUUGAUACCAGCGCGCAACUGACAGGGAACCUUGUUCUGGACGCACAGGGAAACACGGAUAGUGUUUGGAUAUUCCAGAUCGGCUCGUCUCUGACAACAAAUACCUCCGCCUCUGUGAUUCUGGCCAAUGGUGCCUCUUACUGCAACAUUUUCUGGCAGGUUGGCAGCUCAGCAACUAUUGGUACCGGCACUAGUUUUGUUGGUAAUAUCAUCGCUCUGACAUCGGGUGUCACCUUCUUCGUCGUCAUCUAUAUCGGCGUCCACGCUCUCUCCACCGUCGUCUACCUCUCUUAA